CAGAGUGCAAUUCACUUCUGUAUUUUAAAAGGCGUCGCCUAACUAAAAGAAUUGUUUUCUUUCGAAACUAAACUAUUCACGGCUUAAAUAAACGAAGUUAAAUUUCGAUAAAUACCUUGUCAGGCGUUGCGACACUGUUAACUUUAAGCAGCUGAACUGUGUGAAAGUGUGGCAACGCAAAAACCCCUAAAAUACACACACGUAUGCAAAGAGAACCCGAAUUACCGCAAAAUCAUUCUAUUAAAGGUGCAACAAAGCUAGAGCGCAGGCAACAUUCAUCGUAUCAAGAACGCGAAGAGAAGAAUAACGUACUAAGUGCGCGCAUCGAUCAAAUCCAACAAAAGACAAAUCAUACAAAAGACUAUACUACGUUGAGAAACGACAGCAGAGAAAAUAAUUUAUUCGAGAACAUGGCUAGCAACUUAAGCGGCAUUGUCGAGUCAUCAUUUCCUACGGCAGCUUUGGUGCCGAAGGCUGAGACUGGCGUGCUGAACUUCUUGCAGAAGUAUCCAGACUACGAUGGUCGAGAUGUAACAAUCGCCAUUUUCGAUUCUGGUGUAGAUCCCCGUGCAACGGGGCUUGAAACUUUGUGCGAUGGCACAACGGUGAAAGUGAUCGAGCGAUUCGACUGCUCGGGCUGCGGCGAUGUGGAUAUGACCAAGAAGUUGAUCCCUAAUGAGAAUGGAAUUUUGAAGGGCUUGUCUGGUCGUUCGCUCAAGUUCAGUCCCGAGCUGCUGGCCCUCAACACGGACAAGGAGCGCGCAGUGCGCGUUGGCUUGAAGAGUUUCAACGAUUUGGUACCAGCCAAAGUGCGCGAUAAUAUUGUCGCCCAAGCUAAGCUCAAGAACUGGGACAAGCCACACAAAACUGCCACGGCGAAUGCCAGCCGAAAGAUUGUAGAAUUUGAGUCUCAAAAUCCAGGUGAAGCGGCUAAGCUGCCCUGGGACAAGAAGAUAGUCAAGGAGAACCUGGACUUUGAAUUGGAAAUGCUCAACAGUUAUGAGAAGCUGUACAGCGAGGUGAGGACCUCCUAUGACUGCGUACUUAUGCCAACUGAACAGGGCUGGCUUACCAUCAUUGAUACCACAGAGGAGGGCGAUCUGGCUAAAGCAUUGCACAUUCGCGAAUACACCAAGACGCACGAGACGAAAAAUGUUGAUGAUUUCCUCUCAAUUUCGGUCAAUGUUCACGACGACGGCAAUGUGCUGGAACUUGUGGGCAUGUGCUCUCCUCAUGGCACUCACGUCGCUUCUAUUGCCAGUGGCAAUCACAAGUCGAGAGACAUUGAUGGAGUUGCGCCCAAUGCUAAGAUUGUGUCCAUUACCAUUGGCGAUGGUCGUUUGGGCUCAAUGGAAACUGGUACGGCGCUUGUUCGUGGCAUUAUGAAGGUGAUGGAGUUGUGUCGCGAGGGUCGGCAGAUCGAUGUGAUCAACAUGAGCUAUGGCGAGCACUCGAACUGGUCUAACUCCGGUCGCAUUGGUGAGCUGAUGAACGAGAUUGUCAAUAAGUACGGCGUUGUCUGGGUUGCUUCGGCAGGUAACCAUGGACCAGCUCUCAGCACAGUUGGUACUCCUCCUGACAUCAGCCAACCCAGCUUGAUAGGUGUGGGCGCCUACGUUUCGCCACAGAUGAUGGAAGCCGAGUAUGCGAUGCGCGAGAAGUUGCCUGGCAAUGUUUACACCUGGACAUCACGCGACCCCUGCAUCGAUGGCGGACAGGGCGUAACGGUGUGCGCACCAGGAGGUGCCAUAACAUCCGUGCCGCAGUUCACCAUGAGCAAGUCGCAGCUGAUGAAUGGUACGAGCAUGGCAGCACCUCAUGUGGCUGGUGCAGUGGCUUUACUCAUUUCCGGGCUAAAGCAGCAGAAGAUAAAGUAUUCGCCCUAUAGUAUUAAGCGGGCUAUAAGUGUCACGGCAACAAAGCUCAACUAUGUGGAUCCCUAUGCACAGGGCCACGGACUACUGAAUGUGGAGACGGCAUUUGAGCAUUUGGUUGAGCAUCGUCAUUCUAACGACAAUAUGUUGCGAUUCUCUGUGCGCGUGGGCUCCAACCAAGCAAAGGGCAUUCAUCUGCGCGAUGGCGUGCAGCGCAAGUUCAUCGACUUCAAUGUCAACAUUGAGCCUGUCUAUUUCAAUGACAAGGAAGUCGAUCCAAAGAACAAAUUCAAUUUUAAUGUGCGCCUAAGUCUUGUGCCGUCGCAGUCUUGGGUGCAGUGUGGAACGUUUCUGGACCUUAGCUAUGGAGUUCGCUCGAUUGUCGUUCGAAUUGAUCCGACUAGCCUGCAGCCAGGUGUGCACAGUGCUGUCGUUCGUGCUUAUGAUACCGCCAACAUACAGAAAGGUCCAUUGUUUGAAAUACCUGUUACGGUGGUGCAGCCCCAUGUAUUGGUAGACACCCAAAAUACGCCCAUAUUUGAGCCGACUUCAAGUAGGGCGGAUAAGAGCAUUGAAUUUCAACCCAAUACGAUUCAAAGGGACUUUAUUCAAGUGCCGGACAAGGCUACCUGGGCAGUUCUGCGCUUGCGCCUAACUGAUCCCAACCGAGGUAACGACGUUGGCAAGUUCUUCUUACACACAAAUCAACUGCUGCCAAAUCAAUCUUGCCGUAAGCUGGAAACCAUGAAGAUUAUUGGCGUCAAUUCGGAAUUUGAGGCCACGGCUACCUUCCGGGUGAAGGCCAACAAAAUACUAGAGCUGUGUAUAGCCAAAUACUGGUCGAAUCAUGGCCAGAGCCAUUUGAAAUACAGCCUCGAGUUUCAUGGCGUGUCAGCACAAAAUCCCAAUGCAUAUGUCAUGCACGCUGGUCGUGGCAUACACAAGCUGGAAAUUGGUGCACUGGUGUCCGAGGAGAUUCAACCUUUGCUGCAGCUGAAGACUGCUGCUGUUGUGUUGAAGCCAACCGAGGCAAAGAUCUCGCCAUUGAGUGCCACUCGCGAUGUCAUACCAGAAGGCAGGCAGAUUUAUCAGAAUAUGCUCGUCUACAAUCUUAACGUGAGCAAGGCAGGAGAGGUGGCGUUGUAUGCACCACUGUUUAACGAUUUGCUUUACGAAUCGGAGUUUGAGUCGCAGAUGUGGAUGCUAUUCGAUAUCAACAAAACGUUGGUGGCCACCGGCGACGCGCACUCGCACACUUUCUUCACAAAGCUGGAAAAGGGAGAAUAUACUGUGCGACUGCAGGUGCGGCAUGAGAAGCGUGAGUUGCUUGAAAAAAUUGCGGAGGCCAAUCUCAUUGCUGUCUACAAGUUGUCCAAUAUGCUGUCUCUCGAUUUUUACGACAGCUACAACCAGAGCGUUGUUGCUGGCCGUAAAAUAACAUCUGCCAAAGUGCGAGAGACCAGUAAAAUGCUAUACGUUGCACCAAUUGGCCAGGAAAAGCUCACCAAGGCCAAUUUACCGGCGCAAUGCGCCUGGCUGAGCGGCAAUCUAAUCUUCCCCAAGGACGAAGGCGGCCGUCGUAUUGACCUGCAUCCGUUCACGUACAUACUAAAUCCGGCUGAGAAGAAAUCGACAUCAAAUGGUGCCGCUAAUGGAGCUGCUGCAAACAAUACCAAUCCAGCAGCAGCUGCUGCUUCCACAAAUGGAGUCAAGCCCAAGCCAGCUUCCACCAUCCAGGGAGCCACAAGUGCUGCAAAUUCAGCCGGCGGCGAUGGAGUCACGCUGCAAACCGAAGUUCCCGCCAAUGCUAACAGCGGCGCGCCUUGUUCGCCACAAAAGGGCAAAACAAGCGCCGACGAUUAUGCCGAGAGCCUGCGUGAUUUUCAAUGUUCGCACAUUGCCAAGUGUGAACUUGAAAAGGCAGAGAAGAUAUACAACGAUGUUGUUGCCGCACAUCCCAAGCAUUUGCCGGCCCAUUUGCAGUUAAUCCAAAACAUCGAAUCGAGCGAGUUGAAGACCCAGUUGCCGUUCACAUUUGUGGCAUCCCAACAGGACAGCAGCAAAGAGGGUGACAAUGUCAAUGUGGAUAAGCCGAAGGAAGAUCAUCAGAAGCAACGUGCGGCCUUGGAGCGUAUUGUCAAGCUGGCAGAUAUUGUAAUCAAAGAAACAGAUGUCGACGCCCUGCUCUCUUACUAUGGUAUUAAGAACGACACGCGUUCAGAUGCAGCCAAAAUCAAGACCAAUAUGGACAAACAGAAGAAUAAUCUCAUUGAAGCCUUGGUGAAGAAGGGCAUCGCACUCGCCAAGCUCUGUGUGAUCGAUGAUAAUAUGAAAGAUCAUUUGGUUGACUUAAACGAGGUCUACACAGACAUUAUCAAGUUCAUCGACGCCAACGAUAGCAAAGCUAUCCAAUUCUCCAUUUGGCAUGCUUUUGCGCAUAAUCAUUAUGGACGCAUGUACAAAUACGUGACAAAGAUGAUUGAGGAAAAACGCACACGAGAACUCUACGAGGAGAUGGCUGCCAUUAAUUGCGCAAUGGGCUACGAGCAUACAAAGACUGUCAUAGAUCGCAUGGCUGUCAGCUUCUUCCCGGGCAGUUUCCGUUUGUUCUAAGAAGUGAUCGAUGAAAGUUUUUAUGCAGUUAGCGAAAGUAUCUUAUUGAAUGCACAUUUUUAAUCUUCUCAUUGUUUUAUUUGUAUUGCAAAACGUGAAGUAACCAUACUAAAUAUAUAUAAUGUACAUG